GUUUGGUAAAAGAUAGGUAUUAACAUUUGAGUAAAGGCUACAUUCCUGUAUCGGGAAGGUCAAAGGUUUUGCGGUAAAAGGAGUCUGAAAAGGAGGGAGUAAGUAGUUUUUUGUUCGUUAGAAUGAGACCAUACUAUAGUCAGGAGAACUUUUUACUUUAGGGGGUAGAAUCUUAUCCGCGCUCGACUAAAUUUCUCUUGUUCCCUUAAAGUGUGUUUUGCGUUUUGUUUACAGCAUCUUUGUCUCAUUUGGAAUUUACAGAGAAAUUGUCUAACCUCAUUCUUAAAUCCUAAGGAGAAAAAAAUCCCUUUGCCAUCCAAUGGAUAUAAGAUUUCUUUUUUAUUGUUUCAUUUUGUCAAAGAUUUUUGCGUUGCCAACAGUAACAAUAUGGUCUGUCUCAAACAUUGCCGAAUAAUCUCGGUGAAACCUUCACAGACAAAAAAAGUUACCUUUAUUCAUAUCUGGGGUAGCGCUUUGAAAUAUUCGCCGUUCUACUUGUGGGUGUCACAUUUUCAACGCCCAUGCAUCAUUAAUUUCGUCGAGUUGACCUCUCCAUGUAAAACCAGCUUGAUAUCAAAUUGCACUGAAAAUGUUUACCGCCCCUCAAAUGUAAUCCACAUAGGCCACCUUUAAUUUUCCAAUUCCUAUAGAGUGCGACUCAGCCAUGCGUUGAUUCAGCUUUGAAAAUAUCAAACAAAUGUACAAAGAUUUGUAUGUAAGAGAGUCACAAUUUAUAUCUUUGAGCGUCAUCUAUCUCGUCAUGAAAAAACUUGGAUCUCUGAAUAAGAACCCUUUCAGAUCUAUACUUAUCAUUGAUAUCGUGAAAUGUCGUGCUGUCGGUGGACUUUUUCUCCUUGUGGUUUUUUUUUUUUUCAACUUUUCAUUUGGACGCUACUUUGCAAAAGAGAAUCUUAACUUUUGUACAUCUUUAAGACUGAUCAAAGGUAUUUUUCCUACUGGUCAAACUUCAUUAUUCAGCGUUGGAUGCAGAGAAUCUAGAAUAAGAAAUUUGCUCAUGAUAGAUGAUUCGAGAGAACAGAAACAUUUAGUAUUGUAUCAAAUAGGAAAAGAAUUAAACGCGUCUAGAUUAGGACUUGGUCAAGAUCACACUCAAUUUGGAGAGAAAUGCGAUAUCGUAGGUCAAAAACUUGUCCACUUUAAAAGGGUUCAGUAUUGUGCUGGAUGAAUCUGUUGGAUGUUUUUUGUGAGAUAUCUUACUGCAUAUAAUGAACGGAUCUUGAAUUAUUACGAAAGGAAUGCAGUGACACAAGAAAGCGACCACAUAUCUGCAGCCAUUUAAAAUUUAAAUAUUCAAACUUAGAUACACAAAGUUGUGUGCUUUGCAUGACACUUUUGGUUUAAUUUAUCAGAGUCAGCAACAGUCAUCCUUUGACAGUUCAGGAAUUUUAACAGUAUUUGCUGUAAAAGUAGCGCCUUCGUUUAAAAAAAUCACUUGUUAUAAAACUAUCUCGAUACUUACAGGGUAAUUUAGUGUUGAACAACUGAGUUGAUAGCAUAAAUUGGCUGCCAUAAAGAGUUUAAAAGCUGACGUUUCGAGCGCUAGCCCCUCGUCAGAGCAAGCCCUUCGCGAAUUGCUUUAACGAAGGGCUAACGCUUGAAACGUUAGCUUUGAAACUCUUUACGGUGAUCAAUUUAAUUUAACAACGCACUUAAUUUGGGAACGAAACUACAGCGUACGAAACUAUUAGGUACCAAACGAGUGGAUAGCUUUUUCUACAACUCUACAGCGAUCGACUUGGGGCGCCUUGAGGUGUUACACCAUCAUAUCAAUGACUAAAACUACGACUAACAUUGUGUCCAAAUACACUUAAAAAAUGGUUGUUUCUAAUGAUAAAUUAUUUUUAACAGUUCAAAAUAUGCAGGUAAUAGCCUCUUCCUUACUGUUGCUCUCCAUCAUCGCUGUGUCACACGCACGGCUUCAACGCAAUUCAAAAAGAGGUGAGAUGAAAGUAACAAAUCUUUCAAGUUCCAUUACACAUUAGCGGUGUUGAACGUCAAAAUACACUAAUUCACCUUACUCUGCUGUUUUAGAAACCAAAGAUGAACGGAAAAAAGUGAAUACGCUUUUUGAGGAUUUAGAAGAAGCUGGUAAGUUAAAUAGACAAAAGUUCGUAUCCUAGUUUCGUCUCAGCUCAAAGAUAUGAUUUAUUUUUGAUUUACAAACUACAUGAGGGUGUUAUUCUAGACUUCUAAGUGGGUUAUUUUAAAAAAGCUUAAAAGCUUAAAAGCUUAAAAAGCUUAAAAGCUGGUAGACCUAUAGAAAAAUGACAGUCUAUUGCUGGUUAGAAUACUUUUUCAUCAUGUCGCGUGCACUUUUGUCCUUUUUUUUCCGACAACCUUUCUCGAAAUAGCUGUAUACAUGAAAUGGUGUUUCGUGGUAAAUUUAAUGUAAUCGGUUUUCUUUUUCAAUCGUUCCACUCGUUUUACUUGGGUUAACUUACAUUACAUGUCCAACCACUUUACUGAAGUAUCAGGCAUGGAUGUUGAUCAAUUCUUUUAAAUUUUUCUCUGACUAUUUCCUGUCGUAGCUAAAAUUUCAUUCAUAUGGUAAAGGAAGAAAGAAACCCUAAAUGUACUCAGUCCUCAAAAAUCCAGGCCCUGGUUGUCAAUUUAUAUUAGAGAUACUCCUUACUCUCUAUCCCCUCGACUCUAAGAUUUAAGUCUCAUUUUCUUCCAUAGCCUUGCUAGGCAAAUAGAGAGAAAAAUCAUAACUCUCAGUAUUAAAAUUUUUCUUCAUCUUGGUUAUCCAGAGAAUCCUAUCAAACUACACAGUAUCUGCGAGGUUAACUAUGAGAAAGUCGGAUGCUUCAAAGAAGACACCAACAACAGAACACUUUCACAGGAACUUUUCCAAGACAGGAUGUCAAGCGAUCCAAAUUACAGUGGACAAAGGGUGGACUGGGCCAACUACAAUACAUACCUCAAGAGGUGAACAGUAUAUAAAAUAAAAUAUUUCAACAACUUCAUCGUGUUUGCCAUAAAUUGAAAAUAUGGUCAUGAUCAUCGGUGAGAUGCCAUAAAGUUAAAUACGGAGUUUUCAGAGCUUUACUUCAUUUUUUUACCUCUACACACACAUGCAGUUUGCGUGUUCGUGUUUGAGCGAGAUAUAUUUUUUCCAACAUAAAAUUCGUAUGUCAUGUGAAAACGAGAAGUCAUUCAAAUUUUCUCAAGAGGUCUUAAGAUGAGUCAAUAAAUAAACGUUUCAACACAAUUUGAAUUAGAACAGAGGAAAGUUUCAUGCUUUUUUUCUGCGUCGUUUAUUGAGUACUUUAUGAAGAUGAUUGUUUACAUUCUUUUAUAAUCUGUCCGCUUCAUGAAGUUGUAGCUCCCAAAACGACGAAAAACUACUAAGUGGCUAUCACUAUCUCUUACAGUCUGGCAUGCCGCUGCGCCAAAAGCAGUGCCCUGAAUGGUUUUACUUACUUUGGUCUUCAAGACUACGGACGAUGCUUUAGUGAUCCACAUGCCUCUACAAGUUAUAGCAGGCAUGGAAACUCAAGCCAUUGCUUUAAUCAAUACUUCUACUCGUGUGAUGACAAUGCUUACGGGCAGUGCAUGGGAAGAGGCAAAGAAGUGAAUUACAUAUACCACAUCACCGUGCAUGGUAUGCAAGACGCUUAAGUGUGCUAUAAGUGUUCUAUCUAAGGUUUUCAAGUACGGUUUUACCCAGUCAUUGGGCCUCAGGCAUUCUCUGUAAGAGGGUUUGAUUGAAAUAAAUAAAUGUCCUU